AUAGCUAAGCCCCUUUGCCGAGUCAUUAGUCCGCCCGUUAUACUGAGCACCUGCAGCAGUUUCCCGCCCGCUAGCUAUGGCCACUCCGCCGAAGAGGACGUGUUACAGCCCCAGCCUGGACCUCAGCUUCCAGAAGCGCAGCAAGAAGAUCUCUAUAGAGGGGAACAUUGCUGCUGGAAAAUCAACAUUUGUCAGAAUUCUCGAAAAAGCAAAUGAUGAAUGGGAGGUUGUUCCUGAACCCAUUGCCAAGUGGUGCAACGUCCAGACCAGUGAAAAUGAGCAUGAGGAACUUUCUACAUCACAAAAGAGCGGAGGAAACCUCCUUCAGAUGCUGUACGACAAGCCAACCCGAUGGGCUUACACAUUCCAGACGUAUGCCUGCUUAAGCCGUGUGAGGGCUCAGCUGAAGCCAGUGUCUGCCAAGCUAAGAGAAGCUGAGCACCCUGUACAGUUCUUUGAACGCUCUGUCUACAGUGAUCGGUACGUUUUUGCAUCCAGCUUAUUUGAAGACGGGAGCAUCACUGAGACGGAGUGGGCCAUCUAUCAGGACUGGCACACAUGGCUUCUGAACCAGUUUGAGAGUGAAAUUGAGCUGGAUGGAAUUGUAUAUCUCCGAGCAACUCCAGAGAAAUGUAUGGGCAGACUUCAUUCACGAGGCAGAGAGGAGGAACAAGGAAUUGAACUAGAAUACCUGGAAAGCCUGCACUAUAAACAUGAGAAAUGGCUGUACAACAGAACGCUACAGUUGGAUUUUGAGUCUUUGAGACACACUCCAGUUCUUGUUUUGGAUGUCAAUGAUGACUUCAAGAAUGACAAUAUUCAACAAGAAGCCUUACUUGACCAGGUCAAAGAUUUUCUUGUAUCCCUAUAACCACUACUUCAAAUUAAUAUAUUGAUCAAAACUUGAGUCCUGGCGGCUAGCUGGAAUUUAGGGAUCCUCCACUUCUGCCUCCUGAAUUUUCCUCCAUUUUAAGUGUUUUUUUUUUUGUUUGUUUUUAUAUAUAUAUAUAUUAUAUAUAUAUAUAUAUAUAUAUAUAUAUAUAUAUAUAUAUAUAUAUA